AACGUCUGCACAGGCUAAUUAAUAUUCAUGAGGCAAGCCCUUGCCAACUAAAGGUGAAGUGAACGAGGCAACGUUGGCAUACUCAAUAUUCAUAAACCCAGCCUCAGGCAUAGUAGGAUUGGUGAUUUCGUUAUGUAUCUAAUGAAUAACCGGAAGCGCUCGUCUCUGUGAUCUCAGGCACACUUCGCUCUCUUUGAUAAGUCUUGUGCGGUUUUUUUUUUUUUCUCUCGCAGAAAAUCCCUCGGAGUUUACUUUCUUGGUUAAAGUUGCCCACACUGUCUGUUUUCCUCCACCUUGUAUCACUGCAUCAAGUUUCGCUCCUGGGCACUGAGGAUUAAUUUUCCCCUCGUUUUGGCAGCAAUUCCGAUUUUUGCUGGAAGAUGUUGUUUCUCAUGCAGACGUGUAGAGAAUCACUCUGAAGGUUCAGGAUGAGAAAAUGGCGCACACGUUUACUCCACCAGGACCUAAAAGUUUCCAUAAGUUCACCCGUGAAUCUCUUAAGGCCAUCGAGAGCCGGAUCGCUGAGGAGAAUGCCAGGAAGUCCAAGGACAAGCAAGAGAGAAAUAAAGACGAUGAAUGCAGGAGGAAACCCAACAGCGGCCUGGAGGCCGGAAAAAAUCUGCCCUUUAUAUACGGAGAUGUUCCCAGAGGACAUGUGUCCACACCACUGGAGGACCUGGACCAGUUCUACAGCAAUCAGACAACUUUCAUAGUAGUGAACAAAAAAAAUACAAUCAGUCGUUUCAACGCCGCUCCUGCCUUGUACAUCUUCAGUCCCUUCAACCCUCUGAGGAGAAUAUCAAUUAAGAUUUUGGUACAUUCAUUGUUCAGUAUAUUUAUAAUGUUCACUAUACUGGCAAACUGCGCUUUCAUGGUCUACUCACAGCCUCCAGACUGGGCCAAGAAUCUAGAAUAUGUCUUCACUGGGAUAUACACCUUUGAAGCGCUCAUAAAGAUCAUCGCCAGGGGAUUCUGUGUGGGACAGUUUACGUUCCUCAGAGACCCGUGGAACUGGUUGGAUUUUAUGGUUAUAGUCAUGGCAUAUGUAACAGAGUUUGUGGAUCUGGGUAGUGUGUCUGCCCUGCGAGCGUUCAGAGUUCUUCGAGCCCUGAAAACUAUAUCGGUCAUCCCAGGGCUGAAAACAAUCGUUGGAGCUCUGAUCCAGUCAGUGAAGAAGCUGUCAGAUGUGAUGAUCUUGACUCUUUUUUGCCUAAGCGUCUUUGCUUUGGUCGGACUGCAGCUGUUCAUGGGAGUUCUAAAACACAAAUGUGUGGUCCAGUCAUCCAAUCAGACCUUUACUGAUUAUAUUGUUAACAAUACAAAGGAUUGUUACACCAAACCUGACUGCAUGGAAUACAUUGCAAAUCGGAAUAACCAUUAUAUCCCAACAGGAAAGAAAGAUGCUCUGAUCUGUGGGAAAAGUAGUGAUGCUGGGCAGUGUCCAGAAGGUUAUGUCUGUAUAAAAGUAAGUCCCAAUCCAGAUUAUGGUUACACAAGCUUUGAUUCCUUUGGCUGGGCCUUCCUUUCCUUAUUCAGACUGAUGACUCAAGACUACUGGGAGAAUCUUUACCAACAGACACUUCGUGCCGCAGGAAAAACCUACAUGAUUUUUUUCGUGCUGGUCAUUUUCUUGGGAUCCUUCUACCUGGUGAACCUGAUCCUGGCUGUGGUUGCCAUGGCAUAUGAAGAACAAAAUCAAGCCACUAUGGAUGAGGCUUUGAAGAAAGAGGAGGAGUUUAUUGCCAUGCUCGAGCAGCUGAUGAGACAGGAGGAGGAAGCUCAGGCUGCGGCUGAGGCGUCCAAGUGUGAUGGGCUCAGUGGAGAAAAGACAGACUCUUCCUCAGACACCUCCAAACUCAGUUCCAAAAGUGCCAAAGAAAGACGCAACCGCAGGAAAAAGAGACAGCGUCAGGGGGAAGACGAGAGAGAUGAGGAUUCGAACAGGGAGGGAAAUGAUAGAAAAGCCAGCGUCCGUUUUACAGCUGAUGGAAAAAUCAAGAGCUCACGUGAAAGGAUCUCCACAUCUCCACAUCAGUCCCCCCUGAGUUUCCAGGGUUCAAUCCUCACCCCACGUCGGGACAGCAAAGGUAGUAUCUUCAACUUCCGCAGGCGUUUGAAUUCAGAAAACAACUACGCUGAUGAUGAGCAAAGCAUGUGUGAGGAGACGGGCAGCCGGAGAGACUCUCUAUUUCUACCCUCUCGAACUGAGCGGCUUUACAGCACUCUUAGCAAAAGCAGUCUGACGCCGCGUAUACUGUUGCCGUCUAAUGGAAAAGUACGGUACGUGGUUGACAGCAAUAGCAUGGUGAUAGUGUCAGGCGGAGCGUCUUCACCCAACUCACCCUCCGGAAUACUGACGCCGGAGGUGUCCAAAAAAAGAGCCACGUUUGACGACACUUGCCAUGACACAGAUGAAGAAUGUCGACACCGAUGUGGUUCAAAGACCUUUUCAAAGGCUUUUCUAUAUGACCAGUCUGCGAGACAGCGAGCUUUGAGCAUCGCAAGUGUCAGCAACAACCCUUCUGACUCGUCGGAGAUCUGGAAACAGAAGUGUAUGGAGUCCUGGUUCGAGUUUGCCGAGAAUUAUCUGAUCUGGGAUUGCAGUCCCACAUGGCUGAAGAUAAAGAAAAUUGUCCACAUGGUUGUGAUGGACCCCUUUGCAGAUCUGUUUAUCACCAUUUGCAUAGUGAUAAACACAGUAUUCAUGGCCAUGGAGUAUUAUCCCAUGAAAAAUGACUAUGUUUACAUGCUUUCAACUGCCAAUGUGGUUUUCAUAGGCAUCUUUGCAGCAGAAAUGCUAUUCAAGAUCAUUGCGUUGGACCCGUACACAUACUUUCAGGAAGGAUGGAAUAUCUUCGACAGCAUCAUAGUCACACUGAGUCUGCUGGAACUUUGUUUGACAAAUGUGGUGUCUUGGAUCGGUUUUCUUAGGCCAUUCAGACUGCUGAGAGUCUUCAAACUAGCUAAGUCCUGGUCGACUCUGAACAUGCUAAUCAAGAUCAUUGGCAACUCACUAGGCGCCUUGAGCAACCUGACGCUUGUGCUGGCCAUCAUCGUCUUCAUCUUUGCUGUGGUGGGCAUGCAACUGUUCGGGAAGAGCUACCGUGACUGUGUGUGUAAGAUUUCUGAGGAAUGCACGCUUCCUCGCUGGCACAUGAACGAUUUCUUCCACUCGUUCCUGAUCGUCUUCAGGGUUUUGUGUGGAGAGUGGAUCGAGACCAUGUGGGACUGCAUGCAAGUGGCGGGACAGCCCUUGUGCUUAAUUGUGUUCAUGAUGGUCAUGGUCAUUGGAAAUCUGGUGGUUCUGAACCUGUUCCUCGCUCUGCUGCUCAGCUCAUUCAGUGCCGACAACCUCGCAGCCCCCGACGAUGAGGGCGAAAAGAACAACCUGCAGAUAGCAGUUGGUCGAAUCAGGAAAGGUUUUGCUUUAGUUAAGGCCUGCCUUCAGAAUUUCUUCCGGAGCGGUUGUUUAAGGGGGAAGCCGAAAAAGAAAAAUGUGGAUGGGAACACGAUCGGGAGAAACUGCAAGGGAAUAAAUGAUAACUCCAACCACACCACACUAGAGCUGGUUAAAAGCACUGGAGGUACGGACAUGGAUAGUGACACUGAGAAUUAUAUCAGCAACCCAAGCUUGGUCGUCAGUGUCCCGAUCGUUGAUGAGGAGUCUGAUUUUGAGUGCCUCAACACUGAGGAUUUCAGUAGCUUUUCUUCAGACCUAGAGGAUAAAGAGAAUCUUUCUUACGUGGCUCCCAGCUCUUCAGAGGGCAGCACGGUGGACCUCAGAACCUUCGGUAAAGAUGGAGAAGAUGCUUUGGACCUUGAACUUGAGGAAUCUACAGAUCCAGAUGCCUGUUUCACACCAGGGUGUGUCCAAAAGUUCUCGUGCUGCCAGGUGGAUGUUGAAAAGGGCAUGUGGAAAAAAUGGUGGCUGCUGAGACAGACCUGCUAUAACAUAGUGGAGCACAGCUGGUUUGAGAGCUUCAUCAUCUUCAUGAUUCUGCUUAGCAGUGGUGCUCUGGCAUUUGAGGACAUUUAUCUGGAAAAAAGGAAAACUGUAAAGACCGUACUGGAAUUUGCUGACAAAGUUUUCACCUACAUCUUCAUUCUUGAGAUGCUGCUAAAAUGGGUCGCAUAUGGUUUUGCCAAAUACUUCACCAAUCUCUGGUGCUGGCUGGAUUUUAUUAUUGUUGAUGUCUCUCUGAUCAGCCUGGUAGCCAACGCCAUGGAAUAUUCAGAUUUGAGCGCCAUCAAAAGUCUCCGAACGCUGAGAGCCUUCCGACCGCUCCGAGCUCUCUCGCGCUUUGAGGGAAUGAGGCUUCUCCUCUUGUUCGUUAUUGUCAUUGCCAAAUAUCGAUGUAAUUGUGCCAUCCCCUCCAUCAUGAACGUCCUGCUGGUGUGCCUCAUCUUCUGGCUCAUUUUUAGCAUUGUGGGUGUCAACUUCUUCGCCGGAAAGUUUUCUGAAUGUGUAAACAUCACUUCAGACAAGCGCAUGUCUACCACAGUUAUCAGUAACAAAACGAUAUGUGAACUAUACCCCAAAGAACUCCGCUGGAGAAAUGUGAAAAUCAACUUUGACAAUGUAGGAAAUGGAUACCUGGCCCUGCUACAAGUGGCCACUUUUAAAGGUUGGAUGCCCAUUAUGUAUGCAGCGGUAGACUCUCGCAAACAGGUAGAAGAGCAGCCAGAGUAUGAGGUGAAUCUGUAUAUGUACCUCUAUUUUGUCAUCUUCAUCAUCCUUGGAGCUUUUUUCACAUUAAAUCUCUUCAUUGGCGUCAUCAUUGACAACUUCAAUCAGCAGAAGAAAAAGUUCGGGGGUCAGGAUAUUUUCAUGACAGAAGAGCAGAAGAAAUACUACAAUGCUAUGAAGAAGCUCGGCUCAAAGAAACCUCAAAAACCAAUUCCAAGGCCAAAAAACAAGAUUCAAGGAUUCAUCUUUGACCUCGUAACCAGACAGGCCUUUGACAUUGUCAUUAUGGUCCUUAUCUGGCUCAACAUGGUCACUAUGAUGGUGGAGACAGACGAUCAGUCCCAGGAAAUGAGCAAUGUGCUGUACUAUAUCAAUGUUGCCUUUAUUGCGGUCUUUACCAGCGAAUGUGUGCUAAAGAUGAUCGCGCUACGGCAGUACUUCUUCACGGUCGGCUGGAACGUAUUCGACUUCAUCGUGGUCAUCCUGUCUAUAGUUGGCAUGUUCCUGGCAGAAGUCAUUAAGAAGUACUUUGUCUCGCCCACCUUGUUUCGCGUCAUUCGCCUCGCCCGGAUCGGCCGCGUGCUACGUCUUAUCCGAGGCGCCAAGGGAAUACGGACCCUUCUGUUUGCGCUGAUGAUGUCACUUCCUGCCCUUUUCAACAUCGGACUUCUUCUCUUCCUUGUCAUGUUCAUCUACGCCAUCUUCGGCAUGUCCAACUUUGCCUAUGUCAAAAAAUCGUCCGGAAUCGACGACAUGUUCAACUUCGAGACCUUUGGCAACAGCAUGCUGUGUUUGUUUCAGAUCACCACCUCGGGAGGCUGGGAUGGCCUUCUGGCGCCCAUGUUAAAUAGCGAAUAUCCCGACUGCAACCCCAAUAAAACCUUCCCUGGCAGCAAGGUUAUAGGCGACUGCGGGAACCCAUCCAUCGGGAUUUUCUUCUUCGUCAGCUAUAUCAUCAUAUGCUUCCUGAUCGUGGUGAACAUGUACAUCGCCGUCAUCCUGGAGAACUUCAGCGUGGCCACCGAGGAGAGCGCCGAGCCUUUGAGCGAAGAUGACUUCGAUAGGUUUUACGAGGUAUGGGAGAAGUUUGACCCGAACGCCACACAGUUCAUGGAGUACGACAAGUUGUCGGACUUCGCCAAUUCUCUGGAUCCGCCUCUGCGAAUACCCGAACCCAACCGACUGCAGCUGAUCUCCAUGGAUCUGCCGAUGGUGAGUGGCGAACGCAUCCACUGCCUGGACAUCUUGUUUGCUUUCACCAAACGGGUUCUUGGAGAAGGCGGCGAGAUGGACAUCCUUCGCAGACAAAUGGAAGAACGAUUCAUGGCCUCCAACCCUUCAAAGUCCUCUUACGAGCCCAUCACCACAACACUGCGUAGGAAGCAUGAAGAUACGUCUGCUGCAAUCAUCCAGAGAGCCUUUAGGAAGCACUUGGUCCGACAUAGUAUGAAGAACGUCCGUAAUGUCUGCAGAGAGACCAAGCAGCAAAACGGGAAGGUCCUGAGUAAAGAGUCUGUUGACAAUGAUAAGUGCAAUGAUAGCAGCGCUUCAGAAGACUCUGACGCAACGCCCGCCAUGUCCUCUCCUAGCCUGUCGCAGAACGCCACCAACAAAUACGAGAAGGACAAAAAUGAGAAGGAAGUGGAAGACAAAAGUAACGGAGUUUAGAGUAGCAUUACGAAGAAUUGUUUACAACUUUUACUUCAAGUUAUUUGUCAGGGUCAGGUGGCCUUGUCUGAUUGAUGUGGAUGUUUAUGCCAUGCUGCCUGAGCAUACUUGAACUUUGUGCCUAUUCUGGAGCUGUGAUUUACAUGACUUGGGCAGUGAAGCCUAACCUGUUUCACUCACUGGCGAAAAUGGCGAUGGAUCAAAUGUCAUUGUCUUGUCUAAGUGUUGAAUCUGAAGCGUUUUCUUUGUGUGUUGUUCAGCAUAUUUGUGUGUCCGAACUGCAUCCAGUGUCAUGCAUUAAGAGAUGAAGUGUGUGAUUUUUGUGCCACUAGCGGCAACUGAACCUUAAAGGCAAAACAACUACUAAAACAAUUUCUCUCCUUUUAAACUAAUAAUUCAACAAGGACACCAACAAAUUGAUGAAAAAAGUGGUCAUAAAGGUGCAAGUUAUAAUGUUAGAAAAUGUUCUAUUGCACCUAAAUUCUGUUCUGUUCUGUUGUUUCUAUUAAUCAAAUAAUCCGGAAAAACAAUGUAUCAUGGUUUCAACAAAAAAAUUGAGUAGCACAACUGUUUACUACAUGAAUAAUAAAUAAUGUUAGUAAGAAACGGCUCCAAAUCCACAUAUACUGUAUAAAUUUAAUAUAUCACCAGGCCCUAUUUGCUAGAAAACAGUAGUCCCGUCUGCUGCGAAAAAGAGGAAAUUGGUUGUGAGUGGUUCAAAGUUUGUCUAGUUAACUUUACUAGUUUGUCCCUGAUGAUGGAUGCUGUAACUACACCAUUAUGGGAGCAAAAAGCAUCUUUCUCCAUCAAUCACUAGUGAAGGAUAUGGGAGUGUGCGUGUUCUUGUGAUGUUAUUGUCGAGACGUCAGGAAUUAUUGCGAUUCCCACUAAAAUUGAGCAGGAAUGUUUGGUGCUUCUGUUGCUGCAGGAAUGACACACUUCCUUUCUAAAUGUAAGUUAUUCAUCAACAGUUUGUGUUUGUUGAGAGAUUUGUACUUUUUCUCAUGUUUAUUUUUGUUGUGAAGUUGCUUUUUCCUAUGUUACUUGAGACAGAGUUGAUGUAUGUUUUUUCUUCUUCUAUUGACUGCUGCGCACCACUGUUGCAUUCGGUUGUCAUCAAUAUAUGUGUAAUUAUAGUUGCAUGACAGCUCACCUGUAGUCAUACAAGUUUCCCAUUCAGUAUUUCAGAAUGGCUCUGUGCCUCUCAGGUCUCUCUUCAACAUGCUAGAAAGCCAUUCGCACACGUGCCUUCCCUACUCGAGAGCUUGCAGCAAACUCUUUCCUUAAAACCUCAAGACUUACGUCACAUCUUGAACUGUGAAACCUGUCUGAUUUCAGCCUUUCCUGUAGCUGCCUCACUGAUAUUGCACUUGAAAAUGAAAAAAAAAAUGAAAAUUUGCUGAAAAUGUAUUUACCCUCAAACCAUCUGAGAUGUAGAUGAGUUUGUUUUUUCAUUGGUAUGU